AUCUACACAUUCAUUGAUCCCAUACGGUCCUACCUUGCUAAUGGCCUUCAUGUUUUCCAAGACAAUACCCAUUUCCUCCCGCUUCUUGCGGCUUUGUCGACGAUGCAGUUCUACACCGAAGUUUUCACAUACCGCAAUUCAUGGAUCCUCUGCCAUUGCUCCUGCGCGGACGAGAUUUGCUCCGUCCCCUACCGGUUAUUUACAUCUGGGUAGUUUAAGAACUGCCCUUUUUAAUUAUUUGCUUGCUAAGGGAACUGGCGGCCAGUUCUUGCUGCGGAUUGAAGAUACUGACAAGGUUGGUCCAUGCACUUUCUCUAGAUAGUUUGGUUUGUUUUUUCAGCAACUAAGGCUGAGGAAAGAAAAGAACUAUGGAGGGGGCUGAAGAAGGCAUUUUUGAUACUUUAAGAUGGGCUGGAUUGCAAUGGGAUGAAGGUAUAUGUUAUCGUGAUUGGUUUGUCGAGGCUAUGUCGACUGAGGAGUUAUAGGGCCAUUGGUCGGGGGGGGGUUCGGUCCCUAUCGACAGGUUAUCUCCUACUCUCCUGCUAUCUUGCUAGGCUUUUGUUGAUACAUUGUCUCAUAGUCAGAGCGUACGGAACUCUAUAAAAAGCAUGUCGAUAUUUUACUCGAGGUGAUUCUCUCUGGCUUGGCCGAAUGACCUUGGCCUGACAUGUUCGUAGGAAGGCCAUGCCUAUCGAUGCUACUGCACUCCCCAGCGACUGGAGGCCUUAGCCCUGACCCGGAAGAAUAGUGGGCAGUCGACCGACUACGACCGCCAUUGCCUCGAUUCUCCUCCCAUAGCCUCAACCACAGAACCACAUGUUAUCCGUCUCAAGGCCCCAGUUCAAUAUCCACCUUACCGCGACCUGGUAUACGGAACCAUAAAUUCAGGUACCCGGAGUAACGACCACUCAAUCGGAGCCUUCGAAGAUCCUAUCCUAUUAAAGUCUGACGGUAUGCCGACGUAUCACCUCGCAAAUGUAGUAGACGAUCACUUCAUGAACAUAACGCAUGUUGUAAGAGCUACGGAGUGGAUGCCAUCUACGCCUAAACAUGUACAUUUGUAUAGCUGCUUUGGCUGGGCGCCACCAAAGUUCGUACAUGUGGGACUAUUACAAGAUAUACAGGGGAGGAAGUUGAGCAAGAGAACCGGGGAUGUAUUUGUCUCUGAGUUCCGGGAAAAGGGGUAUCUACCAGAGGCCCUUAAUAAUUUUGUUGCCUUAAUGGGCUGGAGUCAUGCCGGCGAGAGCGAUGUUCUGGAUAUGCAGAAGCUAGUAGAACAAUUCAGCAUCGACGGAUUAACAACGGGCAAUACCAAGGUUGGGUUCGGAAAACUCGACUUUUUACAAAAACAAUAUGUUAGGAUUCGGGUGAUGGAGGGUUCCGGUGAUACGGAAAUCCUAGACGCGGUAGAAACCCAAGUGCGCAAGGAAUUCGGAGAAAGGUAUUCACUUUAUUCGCAAAAGCUCCAAAUUUCUCCUCUCAUUCGAGCUAAUAGUACCUAGCCUAGAAGACGGCACCCCGAUAACGAGAGAAUACAUAAAAUCUGUCCUUCAAGCCAACGUCCAGAAUUACCUCAUCCCCUCGGAAUUCACGGAAAUGUCCUCAUAUUUCUUUCAAGUGCCUUCACUCGAUGAAAAGCCAGCAAUCAAACCGAUCAGGCAAAUAAAGGCCUUCCUCGACGCCACUCCCGCUCCUGCAUCCGCAAGAUCCUUUUUAGCAGACACAAUUUCCCAGCUAAAUCAGGCAGAAUGGACGAAGGAAGGGCUUGAAUUUGUUGUGGACGGGCCUCGGGGUGACAAAGCUGCCCUCACUGCCUGGAGAGCUAGAAUGAGGAUCGUGAGAUUAGGCCUUUCGGGUGGCGCUGAUGGCCCCACGAUCGUGGCAACUAUGUUGGUUCUGGGGAAGGAGAGGUGUAUGGAACGGCUAAGGAGGGCCAUUGCAAAGCUGGACGAUGGAGUCAAAGGAGUGGGCCUGAAGAAACUGGAAACAGGCAGCGCAUAGGAAGUGUAUAAUUUUUUUUGAAUCUUCCGGUCAUUGAUCACAAAGUAUCACUCGUGAAAUUUG